GACAGUUCUCAUCCGUUGGAGUGACGGGACGCUCCUAAACCUUCGAGAUGACUCGUAACACCUCCGCCCUCCAUUUAUCGGCUGCGCUGCUGGUGGUCGUUGCCAUCGUGCGCCCAGGAGAUGGACUGCACUGUUAUAGGUGUCAUUCUCUCUUUGAUGAAACAUGUGACACCCAUCCAAAUAAGACUGAGAACUGUGAUUAUGUAACUGACUACUUCUUCAGUGAAGAUGUCCGGAUUAAAGCGAAACCUGUCUGCAUUAAGGUCAUUUAUAAAGAUAUUAUACACGGUGACGCGAAGUUGUUAUUGCGAAGAUGUAUACCAGAAACGUCUGAGGAGCCGAAUCCCUGUGAAGCUGUUUCCAGAGAGAAUCCACAAAACACUAUUAUAUACUGUGGCACGUGCGAAGGUGAUCUCUGCAACAACAGUAAUCGCUUUGCAGUGACUUUCCUGCUGUUGUUGCUUCCUUGCUUUAUCAGUCUCAUCCUUUCACACAUUCAUUAAAAUUGUUUGUACUUCAGGCUAAUACAAACAUGUUAGAAACACCUGUUCAUUGUUGUACAGUCAUUUACACAUAAAACUACAGCAAUUACGUGAGUUUAGCGCGAGAUGGCCGUGUAAAGUGAGCCUGUAUGCUAAUCUUUUAUUGAAAUUGUUAACUAUUCAAGUUGUAAGAAACUGCUGCUUGAUUAUUUCUCAGUGAUAUGUUUCCAUUGUCUUAUUACUUGUUACGUUCACAUUCUCUCUGAAUGUACCACUGCUAAUAUUCCUACCUAGCAUAACUUUUCGAUGAUGAUUGUAAUACUUGUACCUUACUUGUAAUCCACUGUGUAAGUUCUUGUUUGUGGGAUAUUUAGUACCAAUUCGUAAAGGGUAAGUAGGUUUUUUGCAUUUCAGUUAGAACUUAGCUGAAUGUCAGUUUAGAACAUAUCCCCUUACCCCAACGAUAUCACUGUCGUUGAAACUUUUUUUCUGUUUUGCAAGACAUGAAAAUUUAUGUUGAUGGUGAAAUUGUAGAAGUUUUAUAAAUUGCAACUCUAAUAUCAAUUUGUACCAUAACAAUUAAAUUAUGAUAAAUUGUACUAUAACUAUUGUAAUGUAAGCAUAUAUAAAUCUGUAAAUAAAUUUUUGAUGAAACUUCAUAGAAUACCCACUACCAUUCUAGUGGAGAAGAAGAGAGACGUCAUGGUAGCAACUCUAAUGUUAUCCUGUGCCUGAACAUACUCUAAUUCACAAAUCAGCAUGCCAAACUCAAUUUUUAAUGAAAAUCCUACAUUAAUUAAUGACUUGCAGUUCUCGAGUGAACUGUAACUACAUUAAGUUGCCGUCAUUCAGUACGUGGUGAUGUAGCCAAUCAAAGCAAGAGACCUAUCUCUCUACUAACUGUGCAUCUGAGAUUAGUUAUGAAACUGUGGCCUAAGUAAAAGAGCCAGGCCAAGAAAAUGUUUACUGGCUGUGCCACCCUAAAAACAAAGAUGUCAUUCAAUAACAAACCAUCCAACUCUCCUUCACUCAUCCAGUUUCAUGGAGAACAUGAAGAAGAACCGUCAGGGGCGUGGAUAGAAUGAAGAUUAACUUUAACCCUUGAAUGGACGAGUGUUUGGAAUGACAUUUAUUCAUGAUGGCCGCAUCUACAUCUACAGGGAUACUUUAGCAGAGGGUUCAUCGA